UUAGUUUAGGUGACCUAACCUUUGUACUCAACCUUGAUAAAAUUACAUUUAAACAAGGUUUUUUCAAACUUACUUGACGAAAUGUAUGGUUAUUUUGUGAAACUUUGUUUAAGAAGCAGAUACAAUGAGAAAUUAUUUUGGAAUACACAAAUCAACAUAUCAUUUUACAAAUUACAGGCAGCACAAAAUUACCUAUAUUUGCACAAAACAGUACUCUUCUGAUGUUAAAAUUACCUUAGGAAAUAUUACAAAAGUAGUUAAACUUCCCAAGAAUCCUCAAUAUGUACCUCAGUCUUACUUACAAGAAAACUGUGGUCAAAGCACAUUACAUCAUUUAAGAUGGAUGAUGCAGAAGGAUAUUUUAGGACAGGAUAUUUUCCUGUUAGGCCCCCCUGGUCCAAAGAAACGAAAUAUUGCUAUGCAGUAUUUAGAACUAACUAGCAGAGAAGUAGAAUACGUUGCCUUGAGUAGAGACACAACAGAGUCUGAUUUAAAACAAAGAAGAGAAAUAGCAUCUGGAACAGCCAAAUAUUUUGAUCAGAGUGCUGUUAGAGCUGCCACACAGGGUAGUGUUUUGGUGCUAGAAGGCAUUGAGAAAGCUGAGAGAAAUGUGCUCCCAGUAUUAAAUAAUCUUUUAGAAAAUAGAGAAAUGCAUUUAGAAGAUGGUAGACUACUUAUACCUGCUUCUCGUUAUGAUAAGUUAUUACAGGAACAUGGUAAAGAGGAACUUGACAAAUGGAAAUUGGUAAGGGUCAGUGAAGAUUUUCGUGUAAUAGCUCUAGGACUUCCUGUUCCAAAGUAUAUUGGAAAUCCAUUGGAUCCCCCUUUAAGGUCAAGGUUUCAAGCCAGAAAUGUAGAUGUAGACACUUACCAGGAAUAUCUUUCGUUGCUUAAAGAUAUAGCACCCACCCUCCCAUUUCAAAAAAUCGAAAGCCUUGUUUCGGCAGCUUUUGCUUUAAAUAGCAAAGAAAGUUUAGCAAUGGGUUUACCCGAUUUUCCUGUUGAAAAUUUAAAAUUUGCCGUCAAAAUAUUGGAAAACAACCCCGGUGUAACAGUUCACGACGUAAUUUCUUAUUUAUAUCCAUAUUACCUUCUUCCAAAGUCGAGUAUUAAAUCUGUAGAGAUACUACUGGAGCAAUUUAAAAUAAUGUCAAAAAAUAAACAAACAAUUUCAUUAAGUAAUUUAAGCCAGAGUUUUAAGAACCUCCUUAAGAAUAAAGAAACCAAAACCUUUAUUGAAACACCAUAUCAACAACAAAUAUUAGAAAAAAUGUUGCAAAGCACAAAAGUGACUGAUUUGUGUGUGAUAGGACCCAAAGGCUGCGGCAAAAGCAUUUUAACUUCUCAACUUUCAAAUCUUGUGAACAAAGACACGGAAGAUAUAGUUUUAUAUCACGAUAUGACUUCCAGAGAUUUGAUACAACAAAGAACUACCCUUGAAAAUGGAGACACUGUAUGGAGAUUUUCUCCACUAAUAACAGCGGCUUUGGAGGGCAAAAUUGCCGUACUUGACGGUAUUCAUAGGAUACAUUCAAGCACACUUUCUGUAUUGCACAGACUUGUACACGAUAGAGAAUUACAACUUUAUGAUGGCAAACGUUUGAUUAGUUCUGAGAAAUAUGACAAAAUUAAAGAAAACUAUGGUCUUUCUGACGAACAACUUCAUGAAAGCGGUAUUUUAAAAAUUCAUUCCGGUUUCCAAAUUAUAGCUCUAGGGGAGCCCCCGACGACUCAAGGCGUAACCAACUGGUUAACUCCAGAAGUAAUCAGUUUGUUUUUGUUUCAAGAAGUCAGGCCUUUACUGAAACAAGAAGAAACCGAAAUAAUAUCAAAAGCAUUCGGGCCGAUAUGUAAUUCAAUGAAACAGUUGAUAGAAUUGGGAUGUAAAUUGAAGAAGUAUCGUCGUGAUACUGCAAAACUAUAA